UUGAAGUGAGAAAAAGAACAAUAUCGGCGAGAGAGGUAAAAGUCACAAGAAAACGUGUGUACGCGAGAAAAUACAUUUCUUCUGAAUGGUCUCUCAAGAGAAACAUACGAGUUAACCUCAAAGAUAUGUAAACACUGCAGAAAUCAGUAAAACAGAGAGAAAGUAUUUAAAUAAAAAGUAAUAAAAAAAUUAAUAAAUAAAGAAAUAACUUGGAGCUUUUUAGAGAAGAGAUUCUUAAGGUACACAAUGCAGACGAAAAAAGAAAACGUAAAGCUAAAUACACCAGUCAUUCCCGUUCUGUUGGAUACUGUGAUUGCCAUAAGAAUAGCUAUGGGUGCAAAAAUGCCUCACGAAAGGACAAUGAUGAAUCGCCCGGAUUUAUGGCACAAAAUCAAAGUUCUUAAAGGCGGCCAGUUCGACAAGGAUACAGUUUUGAAAGGUAUUUUGAAGGCGGUAGAACCAAAUGAUUUGAUACCGGUAAAGUAUCAAGUUUGUGGAGACGACGCGUAUUUUGUGGCGAGAAAUUGUGGUCCUGCCCUGGAAAUGCUGUGCAAGGCAAACAUGAUCAUCAAAAAUGCUAAGGGUGAUGCUAUCAUUCUCAUAGUAACCUUAGGAUUUGCUACAAUCGAAGAUUUGAAAAUCCACAUACAGCCCCUCCUGUUGACUGCAUUGACCAAAAGAUACAAUCCGAACGACAAGACAUUAAAUCUGGAUAGUUUCCAUACAGAGCCGGAUGUGAAUAAAACCAUCUAUUGUCCUUUGUCACAACUUAGAACUUCCACUCAUGUUUUGAAGCUAGCCAAGACUGCGAUAGCUACUUUCGAACAUCUAAAUUUACAGCAAAACGAAUUGUUUAACAUAUCUGCGAUAGAGAAUUCAGAGUUAACAUCUAUCAAGUAUUUGGAUCUCAGACACAACAAUCUGUUAAACAUGAAUAUGUUAGCCCCUCUCAAAAAUCUAGAAAUCAUUAAGCUUUGGCUCGAUGGAAAUCCGCUUUGUGAAAAUUAUUCGACUGCAAAGCAGUACGUAGAAUCUGCAAAAAGGUAUUGUCCGCAUUUGAAAGAAUUGGACGGCGUGAGCAUUGUGGAAAACAUGCCGUUGAUCUACAAAGACUAUUUUCCAAACGAUAAGACGCAGCAUUUCGCGCAUACAUUUGUCUCUCACUUUUUUGGUUUAUUCGAUCAACUCGACAGAACAGUUUUACGCGGACUUUAUCACAAAGAAGCGGUUUAUUCCUUUACUUUUGCCAUAUCCCACAACAUCGCGCAAAAGACGGGCCUUAAUCAGUAUACGUUCAAUAGAAAUCUAUUAAAAAAAGGCCCCAAAAAGAAUAUGUGUAUUUUCUUCGGCCAAGACGAUAUUCUAGCAGCUUUUAGCAAAUUGCCCCGAUCCUAUCACGACAAGAGUUCUUUCACUUAUGACAUCAUGUACGAUAAUGACAAAUACAUAGCCUUCUGUGUCUCAGGAUUGUUCAAGAAACUAAGUUCAGGUACGAACAUACUAUCAUUCUGUAGAACUUUCAUCUUAAUGGCUUGUCCCGAUAAUGAAUAUCAUAUUUUAAACGAUCAAUAUCACAUAUGGGCAGCACCCAAUAAUAUAACACCUGAUAAAAUAGUAAUCAAACAUGUUUUCGAAACGGAGCCCGUUUGCUUCAGUCCGAGUGAAAAAGCGGUACUAAUUGCCAGAAUACGGCAGGUCACCGCGAUGAAUAAGGAAUGGGCCGAGACUUAUCUGACAGCAGCUCAGUGGGAUAUGCGGAAGACGAUACUUGACUUCAUGAAAGAUUUCAAAAAUUCGUCGAUACCGGACCAUGCAUUCGUUUCAUAGAGCAUUUACUUCGCGAAAUGAUGGUAUCGUAUAUCAAUGAGUAUAUCACAGGCGAUGCGAUUACUCGCAUGGCAUUUAAAUGGUCUGCUCAGAACGAGAUGCUUAGUGACUUCAUCCAAAGGUUAUGCACUCAAGGACCAUCCGGACGAUGUGAAUGAAACAAAAUCGCGAAGGCAGGCGAGUUUUUUUUACCCUUUCUAAUCGUUUUACGUCGCAAUAUGCGAAAGCUGUUGGAGUUCUUCGAGACUUUAUUUAUUCUCGAUUAAGUAAAUCACUAUGAAUGCGGAUCUGUAAUUGCUCAUUAAUGAUUUAAUCUUGAGAGCACAACGCUGUGAAAUAUGGUCAUUGUCACUAUUAAAAUAGAUACAAUGUAAAACUGAGAAUAAAAUUGUCAUCUGUUGAUAGAGUUAUUUAUAAUAGAUUUUAUACACGCACUGUCCGUUCGUAAUUAUAAGUUUCAAUUACAUAGGCUCGAUAACGGUUCGCACACUUUAUCACUAAUACCGUAUAAGAAUAAUAAUUAUGGAAGUAAUUCAUGGUCCGAGCGA